GGUAAAGAGUCAGGUUUUAAUUGUUUCUGAAGUAUUUUGAUUGGAUUUAAGAGAAAAGGUAUUAAGAAUAAUAUGAUUACUUGUUUUUAAAAACAUUUCUUGACUCUUUCAUGUUUGCAGAUCCUUUUCCAAUUGAUGUGAUCCAGGCAAAUGAUGUGAUCCAGGUGAGGCGUUGCAUUUUUUCAGUUGUCUAUCCUACACCCUUUAAAUCUAGAGUUCAUUUUGUAGCUGUUUCAAAGGAAGUUCUUGAAAAUAUAAUGUCUCUCAAAGGGACAUCUGAUUUUCUUCAGUUUGUCAGUGGUGGGAAAGUGAUAGUUGGGUCUCUUCCAUUGGCCCAUAGGUAUGGGGGCCAUCAUUUUGGCAGCUGGGCAGGUCAGCUGGGUGGAAGAGCCCACUUGAUCGGAGUAUAUUCAAGUAGGUGCAUGCACUUAAAAGGGUCAGGAAGGACCCCGUGCUCCAGGAAUGGCAAUGGAAGAGCUGUGCUUUGUUCUUUUAUGUGAGAGUUUUUGUGUAGUGAGGCCAUGCACUAUCUUGGAAUUCCUACAGGCAGAGCUGCUAUCUUAGUUGUAAGUGGUGGUGAUGUGUGAAGAGACCAGCUUCAUCAUGGAAAUAUUAAGAAAGAGGAAGGUGCAAUAGUGCUACAUCUUGCCAAAUCAUGGUUUUAUACAGGAUCCUUAGAAAUCUUAGGUCAUUCUGGGGGAUUGGCCUUACAAAGGUUUGGAUUUAAUCUUCAUAGUAACUAUAUUAUUUUUCUUAACAAUCAAUGGGAUAAGUAUGUUGAAUUUUUCUCUGCAGUCGUCUUGGAGACUGCAGAUCUGAUUGCAUUGUGGAUGUCUGUGGGGUUUGCACAUGGUGUGUACAAUACAGAUAACUUCAGUUUAUUAUCCAUAACAAUAGACUAUGAUCCAUUUGGAUUUAUGGAUUCUCAUGACCCAAAUCUUGUUCCAAACACGUCUGAUGAUGAAAGGAGGUAUAAAAUGGGAAACCAGGCAAAUGUUUUGCUGUUUAAUCUAAGCAAGCUGUUACAAGCUCUAAAACCUUUAUUGGAUCCCAGGCAAAAGCAGCUAGCUUCCCAGGUUUUGAAGUAGUAUGGUGACCGCUAUUACAUCCAUAUGCACUUUACAGAACUAUUUAAAACAAAUAUGGGUCUUGGGGAGAAUGAGGAUGAUAAUUAUUUGAUUGCUUUCCUCCUAAAACUUAUGGAAGAUACAAAGGCUGACCUCACAUUGAAAUUACUUUUCAAUGUAAAUGUCAUUGAAAUAAUAUUUCGACAGCUCAGUGAAACUACUGAAGACCAGUUAAAGGAGCUCCACAUUCCUGAGGAGUCCUGGACUCCCCGGGAUCUGGGUAAACACAAGUUAUUUUCAGAAUGGGUUACUAUGUACCUCUUGAGAUUGAAUUGGAACUGGAUGGCAGAAUCAGCAGUGCAAAAACCUAAUUUGAAUGAUUUCUCAGAGGUUUGUCUGCUACAGCAGAUCUUACAACACCCCUUACAGAGACAGCAGGCUGCAGUGAGAGCAGGUUUCCCAGCUUGGGCCAAGGAUCUUAAAGUGAGCUGUUCAUCCUGAGAGAAAACUGACCAAGCAAGAAAGAUGAUCGAGAUAGACUGAAGCUCAGGCCUUCAAACAGGAUCAGUGGAUCAAGCCACAGGAACUUUUCUCCCUUACACUGUGUGGACUGAAAUCUGGUACUCUGCUAGCCAAGACAAAGUUGUCUUAGCAACUUUAUAAAAGAUUAGAGAAGGGGACCACUAUGUAUGGUUGCAUCAACAAAUUAUAUUGGCGUUUAUAACUCUGCCUUUUCUCUUCAGUUGUGCAUUUAUUUGAGUCCCAAUAUUUAAGUUCUCCCAAGCCGUCACACUUAACCUCUCAGAGUUCAUGGCUGAUCAGAUAUGUACAAGCAAAACAGCAUGUUGUGAUGAAAUCUGUGAAUGCCAGCAUUACCACCUGCAGUGGAACGAGUUACACUGCACCUAAGUGAUGAUUGGAAGGUGAAUGUAUUUGUGCCUGCAGGGUAAAUACAGCACCACUACAGCUUGGACCCUGGUUUCCAGUUAGGUGAAAGGAAAGAACUCUGUGCUGAACCAAACAUCUGUUUAAGAUAAUUUUGUGUGUGAGCCAAACAUGACUGCCUGUACAUCUUCACCUCAUGGAGUAACUGUAUUCUCUUCCCUUUACUGAUCAAUGCAGUACUGGUAUGUGGUGACAAACCGCUGCAACUCAAAAGAUGACCAAGAUGCCAGGCUGCCUACUUGCCUGAGACCGAGUAUCCUCUCUAAGAGGCUGAAGGAAUCUGGUUCCCCUACUACAGCAGAGAAGGCUGUCAGGGGGUUUCCUGAGCCACAUGGGGGUUUUCUGUGUUUAGGUUCUUCAGUGGACUUCUCCUCCAGGUACUGCAGCUUUUUAUUGAGCCCAAAGAGAGUUCUGGCAUCCACAACAUCUUGUAGAAGAGCCACCUCUGAACCUGACUGCUGCUAGCUGUGUAUGAUACUGCUGUUUUGGAAGAGACACUGUAUGGCUGACCCCUAUCCACACCUCUCCGUUGCCACUCCUGAGCUUAGAUCUGCAUCAUAUUCCUGGCAAGUUGUCUCUUUUCCAGCCUACAAGCUUCAAGCCUCUGCAGUCAUUCUUCAAGUCAAAGUCAUUCCUUGCCUUCGCGUAUCAUUGUUGCUCCUCUUUGAUCCUUUUCCAAGCUUAUAAUAUCGUCUUUGAAAGGAGAGGACCAGAAUAGCACAGGUGAAAGAAAACCACUGACUUGUGCCAUGGUAUGGCAGUGUUUGCUGUUUUAUCAUCUAUGCCUUUCCUGAUCAUUCCUAAUGCUUGAUUUACAUCUCUGAACACCACCGAGCACUGAACCGCAGCCAUACAAUGGCCUUCCGGAGUUCUUCAGGCUGCCCUUUCCUCACUGAUCUGAAUAAUGUACCAUCAUCAGCAAGCUUCCUCACCUCACUGCCUAUUAAUAUUUCGAGACUGUGGGGUUCUCACCACCCUGAGAAGGGCACUGCCAGUGAACAAGGCUAGAGUACCCCAUGCCGAACAACAUGGGAGUUAUUUACUGCCUGCCUUCCAGCCUAUCUUUUACUAACUAUUGUCUCCACUGGGCAAUCAAUCUUAACUACUGGCAUUCACCAGUGGGGCCUAUUCCAAAUUACCCCAAUCAGUUCCUUGAUUAAAUUACUCCAAUCAGUAACCAUGAUUAAAUGCAGAGUCGCAAGUAUAUUCUGUCAGUUAGGGACCAAACUAGCUAGCUGCUGAACACCCCGUUCUCACAAGUGAAGUUCUACACCUCAAAGCUGUGCAGAUCUUCACUUUGUAACAACUAAGAAGCGCACUGCCUUUCACUUCGCAAGAAGCAGCAGCAGCAGCACUGGCUCUCUUUUUAUGUGCUAACUUUAACACUGACACAGAAACCACACCUUUGUACUGGCCCCAUAGCCCACUGAGGUUGACUGGAAAUACCUCCAUUACCUUUCCUAGACUUUGGAUGAGCUCUAAGAAGCAAUGUUGCAUGGGGCCAGUGCAGAGGCUGCCUACUGCACCUGUGUGCAAGGCCAGACCACGGGACCAAACACCAGCAGCAGCAAGCUUAACACUGAAGGUUUAUACCUGUAAAAGAUUAUUAGCAAGUGGCUCAGAAGGAGGCAUUUGGCUUCCUGUGUUUUCUGAUGCCCGAGGCAUGCUACUUUGAACUGGGAAGUACAGUGUUUCUGCCAAGAACUGUCACACCCCAGCCUCACUCGGGAAGAACUGUACCAUAGUGAAAUACUUUGGCAGUACAAAUGGCUGCCAACACUGACCUUUACAAGCUCAACCUUCCACUAAAAACAUCAGGUCACAUGCAAAGUCUAUUAGAUAGCACACAAAAAUUCUGACUCAGGAUAAUCAAUGCAGAGAAGAAUCAGGACAGCUGAAAGCCCCUGGAAAUGACUUGGUGUGAAGAUCCAUGUGAACCGAGUUCUUCCUGUGUUUCAGGAUAGUUGCUCAGUACAGUACACAGACCUACGAGCUGCAGUCACUAGGCAAGUCUGGUUUUGCUUAUCUAAAUUCAGAGCCCCUUUAAUAACCUCUCUGUGGGACUAACAGAGAUCAUAACAGUAUCAAGCCUCACAGUGAUGUGAGAAAUACUGUAGUUUGAGGCAAAAUAACACUGACCUCAGUAUGCCACACCUUAUACAUCUCACACAUAGAGACAGAUAAAUCAUUUUGUUACAUGGUGCAUAUACCAUGUCCUGAAAAGGUCAUUAAAAUCAUCUGACAGCAAAGUGAAAACAUCUCCUCUGGAAAGGCUUAGCACCUUUGCCUCCAAAACAUGCAGCACCAACAUGAAUUCUGAAAGAUAACUGGUUAAAAAGCAACCACAGAGAAGUCAGAGUUUGAAUGAAAAGUGGCAAUAUGCAAGCAGAAACAGAAGCCAGAAUUUUUCUCACAGAAAAAAAAAUGGAACAGCGCUUUGAAAUAAUACACUGUAUUAAAAUGCAACAUAAUUUGACUACGGCAAACUUUUUUCUCCGUCAGUGUCACAACUCUCAGUACUGAUGACUUAGUUGCAUCAUGGGGCCUGAGUUUUGGAAUUGUUGGUUCUUUCCAGUUACAUAUUAAGGGCUGAGCACCUCAAACACCAGGCAGCAAAAGGAUGUGCUAUGCUCCACCUGGAAAAGCCCUGAAAAGGUUUGGAACAGGAUCUAGUGUUCUCUAACCCACUGUCUCCUCUCUGAGCAUCACUGUCUAGAGAUAAAGAAAGCAGAAACACUUGUGGAUAUAAAAAGCUUUUUUUUUUGGAUAAGUUUCAAAAAAAUAUUUGUGCACAGAUUACAUUUUCAGAUAUAAACUCUCUGCCUAAGGAAGAAAAAGAUAAGAACACAUUGAAAACCUGAAGAAAUGAGAACUGAACAAUGUGUUUCUAUGGUUUGUGCCAAAACAAACGACUACAGGCCAAGUGUGCAUGAAAUCAGAGAUUAUCCCAAUGAAACGUUCUGAAACGUUCUUUUGCUUUGCCUUCUUCCUAUCCCAAAGAUGAAAAUUGAACUGACAUUACUCAGCAUCUCAUUGGAUUCCUUGCCCCAAAAUAUAUGGAUCAUUGCUCAGUCUCUGAGGCAGAAACAACAGCCAGAAGCAUAAAGAGUGACUAAUCUUGGAUCAAAAGCUUUGGCUUUAGGCCAAAAUAGUCAAUGUUCUUGGAUACCUUAUAUGCGUUCUAGUGAUGAACUUGGUCUAUGUUGAGUUAGCUUCUCAGAAAAGCUGAGACUCCUCUGGCUCCCAUGACUGCAAGUAGAAUUAAUACUCAGAUCCUUUUAAAAACCAUACUCAAGUGGUUCAAAUUUGCCACCUCCUAGUAAACUUGGUCAAAUUCUGAUGCAGUCCUUGCAUUAAAAUGACCAGCCUUAACUGACCUUCUAAAGACAUGUGUGAACUGUACAGAUAAAAAAGCAACUGCCCUAGUCUAAGGAAAUUAUUCUUUUAGCUUACAUUUCUCUAAUGACUGAGGCAAAAUGUUUAGGUUAUUACAAACAUAUGUAGCAGCCAAUGUAACCAAACAGCACUGCUUUACACAGCAAGUAUUUUCCAAAGCUAUUAUAAUCCAUUUCUCACUGUACAUUCUCUGUCCAUAUUCUCCCCAUUGUUUAUGCAUUAAUCUUGCAAAACUGUGUGCAUGCAUUAUGACUGUAAUCUUGUAUGUCUGAAAGUGUUCUGUAAUAAAGAGUAUUCCUGCUUUUGCUUUUUUAGUUUAUCUGGAAAUGUAUUUUACUCUGCAAUAUUUGAC